ACGAUGAUCCCAUCAGUCACAUCUCCUCUGGACUUAACUCGCAGCAGGAUCAAAUCUCGGUGGCAUUAACGCAGAAUGGAUGUGAAACUGCUGGCACUGGUCGUUGCGCUCACGGUGGUGACAUAUGCGCCUCCAUCACAAGCAAAGCCCAUCAGCCUGGUGGAGAGAUGCUACUGCCGCUCCAGCGUCAACAGCCUCCCUCGGUCCUACAUCCGAGAGCUUAGGUUCAUCCACACGCCAAACUGCCCUUUCCAAGUGAUUGCCAAGCUGAAGUCAAACAAAGAGGUGUGUGUGAACCCAGAGAUCCGGUGGCUGCAGCAGUACCUGAAGAACGCUAUCAACAAGAUGAAGAAAAACAAGCAGAACAUUUAAAAGCCUGCAGAGAUCCUCAUUAGUCAUCACCGAGGAUUUGUACCAUUGUACAUGAUCAUCUGGUAUGUUGUACAGCACUUACCCAGGCUGCCACGCUGCAGCGGCAUUUUGCAUGGAUUGAAUCUACAACACAAUGAAGCCCUGCCACUGUCUUCAUGGUCACAACUCUUACUACUUAUAGAGGUCACAGAUGUUAUCAGUGUGAAGUGCAAUUAUAUCUGUGAGUGUAUGUUUUUUCUCCUCACUAUAAUGUAAAGAGCUAUUUUUGGAGACUUUCUCAUCCCUUCAUUUAGGAAAAAGAACUGACCACAGGUCGGGUUUAAGUUCAUCGGGUCUUUUUUUCUCCACAAAAUAUACAAGUCAGUUUGCAAAAGACUCAUUUAGCCUUCUGAGCCAGGAGAAAAUAGAUUCAUUAAAACUUAUCCUAACCCAAACGUCUGUUAUGUAAAAUCUCACAAUUUAUCUAAAAAGCAAAGCGUUUGGUUUGUCAUCUACAAACUGAGGAAUGGGCUCAGCUGCAGGCUUUGCCAAGUUGUAUACCAUGUUUCACUCUAAUUAGUGGAAUUUUCUGCAGUGCCAGCAAUCCCCCAGAAUGUAUAUACCGUUAAAACGUAUACAAGACCCUAGUAAAAAUGGCAAUUACAAUGUUUUUGUGAUGGAAAUUAACAUGCCAAAGGAGCUCGAGCAUUUCCGGAGCUAUUCUGUGGCUAUGAUUAUAAUGUGAUCCAUCCAUCCAUCUUCUAAUGCUUUAUCCUCUACAAUCUCAGCUAACAUAGGGCGAUAGGCGGGGUAAACCCUGGACAGAUCGCCAGUCCAUCACAGGGCCACAUAGAGACAAACAACCAUCCACUCACACUCUCACAUAAUGUGAUCCCAUGUUACCGAGUUGACAUUUAUCACUAAAUCAGCAUAAAGAAGAGAUUAGCCAAUGUUAAAAGAUGGAUUUCAGUUCAAAUAACCUCUGUGGAUAUCCACUUUAAAGAAGGGCGACAUCUUCCGAGUGCUAUGGGUGAGAAAGUAUAGUUCAGUUACUGACAACUAAUAGAUGUACAUAUAUAUAACUACCUACAACUGUCAUGCAAAUAGCAAUGCACUUUAUAGCUGAUGUAUUGAUAUUUUAACAUCACUUUUUUUUUUUACUAUCGCUCACUAAGUCUGAUCAUUAAAUCCUGUCUUGUCUUUUUUUUGUUUGUUUCACGUCUGUCUUGCUCGUCCUCUUCUGUCCUCUUCUGUUCUUUUUGAUCAAUGAUUGUGCAGCUGCAUUUGUGGGAAAAUAUGUCCAUGUACUCAUCUGAAUCCUCUUGUCACAUGUAAAAUUAUUAAUGAUACAAAAAAAUGUUUUAUUUUUGUACACUUUAAUGCAUUUAUAUAGUCAGUGCAAACAUUAAAUGAAGGAACUGUACUCACACAAUUGAGCCAUCUAGUUAUUGUUUUAUUGUAUGUAAGGGAAGAUUUCUUAUGAUUACUCUUUAUAAUAUAUAUAGUAUGAGUCCUUAUCAUAGAUAUGAACACAAAUGGAUGUUUUUAUUUGGUUAAUAGACUCCUAACAUCUUUACAUCAAGUGUAAAGCCAGCUCCUCACAGCUGGGCUAAUCGCUGCACUCGUGGGUCAGAGGCUAAAUUUGAUGCUUUGAUGUGAGAACAUGUGUUUAGCUUUACUCACGAGGGCAAAUGAAAGGCAAGGACAAUGAUCCUGCCUGUUAUUUAACUAUUAACUCAACAAGCGGCCAUUAGGAAAACAUUAGUGCUAAAAGGGAUGAACUUUUAACAUUGCUCUGAGGGCAUUAUGUGAGGUGGAGCGCGGUAGUAUAUGUGAUGAGAGUGGUCCACUGAUUGAAACAUCAUGGAGAGAUAAAAAAAAAAGAGGCUCCACUGCACAGUUGACUGAUCACCUCUGAAGCCCAGUUAACGUGUGAUAAAAUGUAGAUUCUGGAACAGGCCGGUGGGAGAUAAAGUCAUUGAUUUAGCUUUCGGUGUCCCCACUUUGUAAUGGAAAUUAAUCAUAUUCUGUAUAAUCACUGUUUGCCCUGAUUGUUUUUAACUGUAUUAAAUGUGAGUAUCACUGCAGAGAUCUGCAGCAAGCAACACGUUCCUUCCUCUCUACUCAUGUUAAGACUGAGAGGAUGGAGCUUCAUAUCUUUUAGUGUUUAUUUGUACUAUUGUAAAGCAUUUAAAAAUGUGAUCACUGAAAAUAUUUCAAUUAAACUUUAUAAGACCAGA